AUGGCACCAUCUUUGGAACACGUUUUCACCAUGCGGCUGUACACAUCACCUGCGAAAGCGCUAGUAAUUCCGGAAGCCAAAGGAAACAACCAUCGCAUUAUAGCCUUCUUGACACAUGGUAAUAUCAAAGGCGGUGGAUUUGAGGCUGAGCUUCAACCUGGAGGCGCCGACUGGAUUUUGCGCGACCCUGAGACAAACACAGGGCAUCUUGAUGUUCGAGUACAGUUUCGAUCUCAGGAGGGACAUGGUUUCUAUGUAUACUUCAAGGGCGUCUUGCAAAUCGACGAAAAGUGGAUGGAAGUGUUCACCGGGGGUCCGAAGGCUCAGACUCUUGAGUUUGGUGAGAACUACUGGUUGAGUGCGCCGGUGUUGGAGACCAGCCACCCAGACUUCAAAUGGGUCGAGCGUUCAGAGUUUGUAGUAUUCAACAGUGCCCAAGGGCCUAAAAAUGUUUUAAAUGUAUCUACUACCAACGGCUUGACGCGAUUAACAGACGACCCUUUUGGGCUACGCAGUACCAUACUGUUAGCGGGAAUGCACUUCUGCUUCCAGUAUGGAAACCUUGAACCUUUUGAGUCAACCUUCUUUUACCAUAGAGUUCAAGUGAUCAAAUACAUUAAUAAAUGGAUCUCAACUGGCAGCCCAAAACCUGAUCCGCGUAUCAUUCGACAAAUGGUUACGUUGUCCUUUACAGAGCUUUGCAACGGUCAAAUUCUAUUGGCGGAAGCCCAUGUCAGUGGCAUUUUAGCAAUCAUCGAAAGUACAAACAGGGCCAAGGGGGAGGAACUAUCUCCUCUCAGGCCUCGUUCGACAGACGAAGAGUUAACAAAUCGCUACUUUGUCAUGGCGUAUACCUACAUUUGCGGUCUCAAGAGCCUUCUAAUCGGUAUAUGUCGUCAUGGGAAAAGUGAGGCUAGCCUGAAAGACUACACUGGCAAAGAGCUCGUUCAAAUGUCCUACAUAUGGCACAAGGCCGAAGCACUGGAGUCUUGGAUAUCAAAACUCGAGGGAAUUCGAGAGUUUCCUUCCUUCUUAACCCCAUUGCCCCACGGGGCGAAAUUAAACAAUGCUGACGCAUAUAACCUCAUCCAGCCACUUCGCCAAUUCACCGCUGGCGUGGACAGUUUGUCGACAGGCGUUCAAUCCGCAGAUGAGGGUUUCGACACCUUCUGGAGACUAGGAAACGCCUCGCGUAUGUUGGGAGCGUUUGUGCGUACACACCUGGAGUCCAUCUAUGUGAAGAAAGGGGACUCCGAAAUAAGCAGGUCGCAGAGAGAUUCUUUCGAGGCGCCCUGGGGCGCUGUCGUUACUGCGUUUCUUAUAUACUCGCAGACCAUACUCUGUGUAACUGAGCCUGUUGACCCACGGAUGCAUAAGUACACCGUCACUCUGUUUCACCAAGAUAUGGCUUUGUAUUUAUCCGAGAGCAGAACGCCUAACAAUCCGACAUUCAUCCUUUGGCUAUCAGUGAUGGGAUUGGUUGGCUGCCAUACAUCGUCUAGGGAUGACGAGAACCUGACGAUUCACCCUAGUACUUCUUUCUUCCAGACGGCUGUCAGGCGCCAAAACGCUGAUUCAAAGCCUCUGCUUUAUGAGCCGCUUGACUUCCAACGCCAAGACAUCCGAAUUCUACGACUGCUUCCAGGGAAUGAGGGGGAUACCAUCCGCUGUGCCCUGCAUACGACACCGCUUACUGAAACAUCUGACUACGAGGCUUUAUCAUACCAUUGGGGAGACCCUCAGGUUUGCCGUGUCAUUGAGGUGGAUGGGAUGGUAAGGAAUGUCACUGUCAAUCUCUUCAACGCGCUGAGGAGGCUGAGGCUACCACAAGAGGAACGGCGCCUUUGGGUUGAUGCUAUCUGCAUCAAUCAGAACGAUAAUAGCGAGAAGUCACACCAGGUCAAUCUCAUGAGCAAGAUCUACUACUGGACAAACAGGGUGUUGCUUUGGAUCGGGGACUUUUCUGAAGACAAGCAUACAGGGCCAAAUAUCAUUCCAGAGGAAACAGCAAAGGCUGCCUUCGACCUCAUUGAAUUCUUGGCUGAUGAUAAACACUAUAAUCCCGUUGAUGGUGACCAGGAUCAUGAUCCAACCGAGGAGCAGUUCGUAGCUCUGGCUCGCCUAGUUCGACUUCCGUGGUGGGAUCGAGCUUGGACUGUACAGGAAGCCGUUCUUCCAAAAGACGCUAUCAUGAUCUGUGGAACUGCUGGACUAUCUUUCGAGAGAUUUGCCGAGGCAUAUGAUAAUUCGCUUCGUCACGAUUAUUCUGGUUGUUGUCGUGUAGGCGAUCAACUCCUUCUCACCUUUUGGCACGCAUUGAGUGGGCUUAGAGAAGCUCGACGACACCGCGUCAAGCUGUUCCCAGAGCUGGAGUGGAUCUACCCUUAUGCCAUGUUCAAGGCAGCCGGCGAGACCAAGGCCGAGACUAGGGACGCAUUCUCAAACGAUGCUUUAGACUUACGAGGGUUCAUAAUCAAUAGAGCUGUCAAAAUAGGCCCAGUCAUUGAAGAUGACUCUAAUGUAGCGGAGACGGUAGCCAUUUGGAAACGUGAUUCCAAUGGCGUCUAUCCCCUCGGUGGUACGUUUUCCGAGGCCAUGUGGCGCACAAUAACGACUGAUAUCUAUCAAUCUCACGGCAAUCGGAGGCGAAUCAAGAGCGAUGAAGACCCAAAAGCGCUGUUCAAUGAGGCUUUGGCAAGGGAUGGAAGAGGAUUUCUCCUUAGCUCUUUUGGAUGCAGAGGGUUCAUGGCGGAAAGGGGCAUCAUUGGAGUCGGACACCCAGAUAUGGAAGCUGGGGACAGUAUCUGUAUCUUCAAAGGGGGUAACAUGCCAUUUAUUCUUAAGCAAGUUCAGAGAGAUGAGGGCGUUGUCGCUUACCAAUACAUCGGGCAAGCAUACGUCUACAAGAUGAUGGAUGGAGAGAUGAUCAACGAGUCUACCGAAUGGGAUUGGAUAACCCUAGUCUAG